CCGUGCUGCCCCGGGUCACUCCUUCUUUUUACCCGGCCCCGCAGCAGAGAUGCCCAGCUCGCUCUUCGCAGACAGCAGCGUCCAGGGGGACGCACUGGACGAGCAGAGAGCCCUGCAGAUCGCCCUGGACCAGCUGUCCUUGCUCGGCUUGGACAACGACGAGAACGCGCUGUACGACAACCAGGAGCCCCGGAAAAAGAGCGUCAACAUGACCGAAUGCGUCCCGGUGCCCAGCUCCGAGCAUGUGGCUGAGAUCGUUGGCAGACAGGGUUGCAAGAUCAAAGCACUGCGAGCGAAGACCAACACCUACAUCAAGACCCCGGUUCGAGGCGAGGAGCCUGUUUUCGUGGUGACGGGCAGGCGGGAGGACGUGGCCAUGGCCAGGAGGGAGAUCAUCUCCGCCGCCGAGCACUUCUCCAUGAUCCGAGCCUCCAGGAACAAAAACACCAGCCCGAACGGGACCGCCACCCCUGCACCCGGACCCCCUAACCUGCCGGGACAGACCACCAUCCAGGUGCGGGUGCCUUACCGUGUGGUGGGGCUGGUUGUAGGCCCCAAGGGUGCCACCAUCAAGCGCAUCCAGCAGCAGACCCACACCUACAUCGUGACACCCAGCAGAGACAAGGAGCCGGUGUUCGAGGUGACGGGGAUGCCGGAGAAUGUGGACCGAGCGCGCGAAGAGAUCGAAGCCCACAUCGCCAUGAGGACGGGGGGUCUUAUUGAGCUUCAGGAUGAAAAUGACUUCCAUGCCAACGGGACUGAUGUUGGUUUUGAUCUGCACGGACACGCCACCCUGUGGUCUAAGCCCAGCGCCGGGAUGACCCCAUCCUCGGUGCGUAAACCCUUCUCCAACUACCGCAACGACUCGUCCUCCUCCCUUGGCAGCGCCUCCACAGAUUCCUACUUUGGUAACAGCAGCUCACGUAUGGCCGACUACAGCCCCCCCAGCCCCGCACUCAGCUACACCACCACCACCACCAACAACAACGGCAACAACAAUAACAACAACAUCAAUGUCAACACCAACGGCAACGGGUUCGUUUACGGAAAUGACGUGAUCUCGCCUGACAGCACUGAUCUCACCUUUGACUCCUCGCCAGGGUUCGACACAACGUCUCCGCCUCCGGGCCUCCUGUGGUCCCAGUACGAUAGUGGCAUGACCCCCUCCUCCACCGGAGGAAGCUCCCCCACCUCCACCUCUGCCAUAUUCCCCACCAACACCCCCAACAAUGCCAAUGGAGUAGUGGUGAGUCAGAGAAGGGUUAAUGGUUGCACCCCGCAGCCCAGACUGUCGCCUCCCCUUCACCGCCACCCCGGAGGCCCCGGUGAGCACCCGUUAGCUCGGAGGGUGCGCAGUGACCCAGGCGGCGGCCCCCUCAGUUUCCCUGCUUAUUCCAGCGCCAUGGCCUCCCUGCCGGGCCCUCACCUCCCCGGGGUUCCGUGCGACUCGUCCGCCUCGUCGACGUCGUCGUCCUCCUCCUCCUCCACCUCCUCUGGCACCAGCCGGAAAGGCAGCCGCGACUGUUCGGUGUGCUUCGAGAGUGAGGUCAUCGCGGCCCUGGUCCCCUGCGGGCACAACCUCUUCUGUAUGGAAUGUGCUAAUCGUAUCUGUGAGAGGAGCGAACCCCAAUGCCCUGUCUGCCACACCGGCGUCACUCAGGCUAUACGUAUAUUUUCAUAAUAACUCUUUGAUGACAGCAACAAAAGACUCCUCAUACUGCUUUAAUGGGAUCAGCCAAUUACCAGUUUGGAAAGUGUACAUAGUUAUACAUGUGUAUGUAAGAGGCUGCAGUAUCCAGAAGAAGGGACAGACACAGACCCUCUUGGGCUCCGUCAUGGUUGUGAAUAAUAUACUGUAGCUUUGGGAAAUAUUUUCAACAUCUAAGUGCAUGUUUUAAAUAUUACAGCAUAGUAAUCAAUAGCUCUAGUAAAUAGUACCCUGUAUUUAUGAAUUGAGGAGGCACAGUGGGGUCAGGACGGAGGGACGAGGGUCAGACUGUUAGCUGGACGAGCCCUCCAGUUUUGCCGAUCGAAUGUAUUGAGAGGAGAGGCCAUGGCUGGGAAACAUGGAGGGCCUCCAGCCAAACAGGACCACUGACCUACAAAGAUACUGCAGCUCCAGGUCAGAAACCACGCGGGGAAGAGCAACAUAUCCUACAUAUAUAUGUAUAAAACCAUUUCCACAAGUUGAACGUUUUAAAUGACAUUAAUACAGGAUGAAGUAUUUUAUUCUUUUUUGACUUGAAAGAUUAUAUUUCUUAUGGCAAAGAUGUUUACAGAUAUUUUUUAUUUAAGUUCAGUGAACUUUUUGUAGCUGGGUUGAAAUAUUGUUUAUUUUUAGUAUGGCCUUAUGGCAUGGAUCACUGUAUAAUUUUAAUAUCACAUGGCUGUGGGAACAAAUCCCUGUCCAAAAAAAUGUGUAUUGCAUCUGACAGUAUUCUGUUGGGAAGGAGUUUUUAUAGGUUUAGCAAAAAAUGUCUUUUAAAUCUGCUUCACCCAGCAUAUUUUUUAUUCAGUAAUAUAAAGCAUAUUUUAUUCUAUAUUAUUAUGAAACAUUGAAAUGUACAAAACUUAGUAAGUUGAACACAAAGAAACCGUUUAUGCUUUCUAAAAUUUGUAUGAAUUAGAUUCCAGUGGGAAUUACAGGCUUCUGUUGCACCACUAUAGUUUUAGUAUUUCUAUUUUAAUACAUUUGUUUACCACUUGUUUAUGUAUAUGUAGGUGAAGUUACUUGAGCGUAAAUGUACUUUAUUGAGCAAAAUUUAAGAACAAAGUAUAUUUUAUUUUAUGAUAAAGGGCCUUUAACCUCAUGGUCAAAUACGAAUAUUAUAUUUGCUGA